UUCCACAACGGACGACCAGCAACUGUCAAACGGGUGGUUUGUGUUGUGACAGCGAACUGUCACCUCUGGUCGUGCGAAAUAGUGUUUUGUGUGGAAAUCACCCGGAAAAUCAAAAUAAUCGAACAGGUUAAACCAAAUAAACCAGGAUCUUGUGGGUUUGCAGAAGUGCGAUUGAAUAAUCACACGGGGCGGCAGACACGAUGAGCGAAAAGCCCAAGGAACACGCACCCGGAGACGGAAUCCGGUCCAUGCGAUCGACGAAUGUUUUCCGUGCUAUUAAUUUCGAGCUGUACGCUAAACCCAACGUCGUUGUGAUGGGAAUCGGACUCGUUUGCCUUGGCAUCACGUUCGGCUACAUAGCAUACAUGCGAUCCAAGUACGAAGGUCUAGGAUACUAUACAGCCGUACAGGAAGAUGGAAAGGAAGUGUUUGUGAAGCGGAAAUCCAAGUGGGAAUAAACGACCACACUGUUAAAAAGAGCGCACGUUACCUGACAAAAAAGCCAUUUCUUGCAAAGUUA